UUUGAGCGUGGCGCAUGCGCAGUCCCACCACUCUGCUCUCGGUGCGGCGCAGAGCGCGCGUUGCUCCGACAGAGUUGAUGAUCAGUGUCCGGGAUACCUGAUGGAUGGAUAGAUGGAUGGACGAUCGAUGGCCUGAUCAAUCAAAAGCCCCGCGCGGACUCACAGUCAGGACACACACACACGCGCGCGCGCACACACCUGUUUAAAAUGAGCGGCUGCUGAUAUUGUCUGUGUGAGUGGAGUUCAGCGCGCCUCUACUUUCUUCAUCCAUCCAUCACCUCCGUUUACCUUAGGAUGAAGACUCCCCUCAGCCCCUCUCAGCUCCUGGAGCGGGGGCAAAUAUUUGCCUUUGGAGGGAUGUGUCAAGAGCUGAUGGACCCCCCAACACCUACAACCAUCAGUCUCUCUGUCCAGCAGAAUCCAUCCCCAGGUCAGGGCGGAGCUUACUCACUGUGUGAGGUGUGUAACCUGCAGCUGACUUCUUCUGCUCAGGCCCAGCUGCACUACAAUGGCAGGUCUCACCUCCGGAGAGUGAGACAGCUCCAGGCUAGAGAGACAGGACAACAGGCAGGAGGGGCUCAGUCGAGGUCUCUUCCCCAGGCCACAGGGCUCAGCUACCAGCCUACAGGACUAACUCCGACCCCAGGCCUCAGUCCAGGCCUCAGCGCUCCACCUAGCACAACUGCAGGAAGUGGGUGUGGUGCAGUGGGCGGAGCUGUGCCAGGGCUAAUUGGCGCCACUGGUCCCUCGGCGAUGAAACCAUUCCUGACGUUUCCUGUCGAGACAACGCCGCCAGUCGGUCUUUUUCCGAACUUCAACACGAUGGACCCUGUACAGAAGGCCGUCAUCAACCACACCUUUGGUGUUAGUUUGGUGCCCAAGAGGAAACAGGUCAUCUCAUGCAACGUCUGCCAGCUAAGGUUUAACUCUGAUUCUCAGGCAGAAGCUCAUUACAGAGGCAGUCGUCACGGCAAGAAAAUCAAGUCUCAGGAGAACAAGACCAAGGCCAAGCAGACGAUCACUGGAGAAACCAAUGGGAGCAUCCCAAGUCCUGUUUGCCCCGCCCCUCCUGUCUCAGCUAACUGCAGCACCAAUCAGCACACAGAUCUCUUAGUCAGUCUGGCCGACUCCUUUCCUCUCAAACCCUUCCGCCUCCCCUGCUCCUCCUCCCCUUCUUCCUCCACCUCCCCCUCCUCUAGCAGACGAGGGAACGAGCCUCCUCCCUCCAGUCCCCCCACCGCUCUCCCUGCCCCGGGCCUCUUCUCCACUUCUUCCUCCUCUCCACCGUCUUCUAAAGCCUCUCAGCUUCCUGCUCCUCCAGCUCCUGUCACCUCCUCUUCAUCAGCUCCUCUCUCAGUGGAGUCCGAGGAGGAGAAGGCCAAGAAGCUGCUGUACUGCUCUCUGUGCAAAGUUGCUGUCAACUCUCUGUCUCAGCUGGAGGCUCAUAAUGCAGGUUCAAAGCACAAGACCAUGCUGGAGGCUCGGAGCGGUGCCGGCCCAAUCAAGGCCUACCCUCGAACCGGAGCCAAGCUGAAGAGCGUCAGCGGCUCUGUGCUGAAGGGCUCCGGCCUGCAGAACAAAACCUUCCAUUGCCAGAUCUGUGACGUCCAUGUCAACUCCGAGAUCCAACUUAAACAGCACAUCUCCAGCAGGAGGCACAAGGACAGAGUGGCAGGAAAACCCAGCAAACCCAAAUACAGUCCUUACAACAAACAGCAGCACAGCUCGCUCACAAAGGAGUUGGUGAAGCCCUCCCUCUCUCCGCCCUUCCUCUCUAAUCCCUUUGCUCCUCCGCCCUGCUCCCUCACUUCCACCAUCUCCUUUCCUCCCGCCCCUCUCUCCUCCUCCUUCCUCACUCCCACCUCCUCCCGCCUCACCCCAACAAUCUCUCUCUGUCCUCGCCCUCCAACCUCCUCGUCCCUCUUCACCACCUCCUUCCUGCGUCCAGCUCCUGGACCAAUGAGAGCGAGCCAAGGAUCGAUCCUCUUCACACCCUACUGAUGGCAGCGUCGGUGGGGGGGAGUCGGACCUGGCUACCUUUCACUUCUGACCUCCAGUUUGUUGGAGAGACAUCAGCUCUGCGAUCACGUCUGCAGGGACUCAAACCUACAACCUCCUUCAAAAGAAGACUUGAGAGGACAGAACCCUCACCUGCCUGGAUCUUCUCCUCGGGUCUGAAACGUCCCAGCAACCGAUGGUGAUUUUAUCCAAACCAGAACAGAACAGAGACUGAAAGUUUUCCACAUGUUCUAAAAAAAAAAGGGAUUUUCUCUUUAACACAGUUAAAAAGAUACAGAAUCAGCCCAAAAUUUUAAAAAAAAAAUCAUCUUUUUUCAUUUUGAUGACAGAGAUUCAGCUCAUUCAACACAUCCAAUACGUAAAACAUUCAACAUGUGCAAGGAAUCAUAGAGAAUAUUUAUAUUUGUUUCUUUCUUUGAUGUUAUAACUAAAAAGAACCCCAAAGUACCUCAUCAUGUUUGACAAAUUACUCUUUGAGGCAGCCGGAAUCUACUGAAAACAAAGAUAGGGUUUGUUUCGAAUAUAUUUUGGUUUGAUUGAAAUAAGAAUUCAAAACUAGGAUUCGGAAGGAACCAGAAUUUACAAGAAUCUAAAAAAUAUCUCAACAAUCCUCGAAACCCGCUCCUGGAUAAAUCGCUGUGAUUCACAGGCUAAAGAUGCAGCUUGUGUUGAGACCAACCACAAAGAAGAAGACAAAGACAACGUGUGGACUCAGUUCAGGUCUGUUUGGGUCGGGUCCUCAGAGUUUGGAGGAGACAAAUUUCCUCCGAACACAGACGCUUUUUUUCCUCUUGCUGGACGAGCUAACCGUGAACGAAUAUUACUGCAGAUGUCGUCAAGUUAUAUAAACACUGGACUGUGAUGCCACAAUGUCCUCCCUCAGUCGUCCCUGCGCUAAUGCUCAACUCGUUCCUAAAAUACAGCGUCUUGAGAAAGCAAACUGCGAGGUUGAGAAAGAGAAAUUAAACCGGACACCAUCUUGGGAUGGGAUCACACCAGGGGCGAUGGCAAAUCAGGGCCUGGGGAGUAAAGUGGCCCUCCCCCACCCUCCUACGUCUGACAACCACAAAGGAAAAGACCACAAAGGAAAAGACCAAACAGAACGAUUUAUUUGUCUCUCAGUUUUUUCUGACUUCAUGUCUGUGGCUCUCAGCUCCAAGCCCACUGGUUUCUACUGAAGACAUAAAUCUUUCAUAACAACUUCCAAAUAUAAAGUGAAAAAAAAUAAUUCCCCUCAACUGUAAUUCAUUCAGUUUUUUGCCAAAAAACAAUUAAAUCUAAAUAUAUUUAGACUAAAAAACAAAACAAAAUUAUCUUUAAAAAACUAUAAAUGUGUAUUAUGUGUGUAAUUGAUGGCAUGUAACCCUUCUCAAACUACCCUAAACAUCACCACGGACAUCACGUGUCCUCAAUGGUGUCUACAGCCCUACCAAGGUGGAAUAGAGGAAUUAUCCUUUAUCCUUUCAAAUUAUCGUUUAUCCAGACAAAAAAAAUCAGUGUUGACAGGUCCACUCCUUCCAUUUAAACUCCCCAAAACCCUCAAACAAUAAGCCUUAACAGAAAGCCACAUCAGGAUUGUUAAUCCAGGACAGUUUGUUUUCACCUACCGUUGACUCAAUUGCUGUAUGUUUGGAACCAGACUUUGAAAUGAUAUAUAGACGGCUGAUAUCCACACUACUGCUUAUACCUGCUGUCCUCUCCACUGCCAGCGUGUUACAGACUCACUCUACACUCUGGACCCGGCUACUUCCUGGUUUUACAGUGAAAGAGGCCUUUCGUCCUGACUGUUGCCUGGUGGGAACAGUCCGUCGGUUUCACCUUCCUGCUGUCACUGAAUCUGACCAGAACUUUCUGGAGUUUUUAAGGCGUCUGAGCAGAAACUUUUACUCAACCCGAGGAACUUCUUAAGACUUUUAACACAUUACUGGAACUUUUCACAGCCUGCCACAACAAAGGAACUCUUUUCUUAAUGAAGCUUACUCACUCUCCACGAGGAAACAGAACAUAUAAACAUUUCUCCCGUUGAUUUUUUCUGAGCUCUGAUAAGUUACUUUACAGUGUAUGUUGUAAAUAUUAACCCUAAGCUUUAUCACGACUUUCAAACAACAGCAUGAUCUUUCCGUCCAGCCAACAUUGGUCCAGAGCCUCAUUACCUUUCCUUUAGUGCCACCCUCAAGAUACACAUCACACGUUUAGCUCUGCUCCUAGUAAGGCUCUACGAACAGCUAAUAAUGAACAUGUGUGACAAAAUAUUCCUCUUCUUACUACCUUUACUCUAAACUUUCAAAUGCAUCUGCUUCUGACUUCAGAUGUUGAUAGUCCACCUUGAUCUUUCUCUGGCCGUUCACUGACUCCUUGGCGAUGACCUUUGAUCUCUUCCCAGUCAAUGCUGUCACUGGCUUUGAUCCGGCAUUACCAGACAGAUGAUGUUAUAUUCAUUCAGUCUCUUGUAGCUGAGGUGUAUUUGUAUUUUUACACCCCAUCUCAAUACAAGUAUAUAUGGCUAAACUCACCUAUGACUGUUGACAUCUGAGCAGAGAAAACGACUAACUACUGUAGGUGGGUAUAAAUGCAUGCAGCCCACCAGACACUGACAGACUUUAGAGGGCUCAAAUGCCUGAUCAGCGACCCAAGCUGUCUUUAAAUGUGAAACCUUUGAGGAUUGGAAAGGAGUUUCUCAAUGAAAGAAAAGGUCACCUGUAAGUGGCUUAAAGUGUGUCACUACUUUGCCAGCUUUUAUGGCUCCAAUAUUGCGAAAAAAUGCUUGCUGCUGCCCUGAGAUGUCACGACAUUAACCCUAAUCAGUUCUGAAUAACUUACGUCUCUGCCAUCGUCUCCAUCAUGAGUCACUGUGCGACCCUGUGAUGGUAAAAAAUCUCACUUGUAGGUCCAUAACCGCACUUAGGGGCAUCUGCACAAGCAAAAAUACAAUUUAAAAAAUAUCUCAAAUAGGAAAAUGUUUAAAUAGUGAGUUUAUGAUGGAAGGGAAAGACAGAUAUAUUUGUCUAUGUACAUGUAUUUAACAGUCAUAACCAAACAAAACAGCAUUAAUUGAUCAAAAGUGAUGACCAAAUAGAAAUCACGCUGGACAAAAUUGGAUAAUAGACCUAGAAAUAUCAGGACGAACGGCAGAUGGUCUUCUUUAGUAUUUUGUAUUUAUUGGUCUGUUCAGACAGCCUCCCAAGCACUGAACUGAAUAUUCAAGUUCAAAGGCAGCCAACAGCGAGACUUUAAAAAAAAUGGGUUUUGUCAUGUCUGUGCUGAGAGGGUGGUUAUCUUGAUUACCCUACUUUCCUCACACUGCCCUUUUUUUUGCUCAUAAAUGAAACAAUAAUUUCUAUAUCCUAAUCAUGUGUUUUGUUAAAGUUUUGGCUGUUCCCUUUUGGUCUUAAAUUAGGAGAUUUUCAUCAUCCUUCAUCAUGUAUCAGACUUAGGUCAUGUGAUGAGGCCUGAGCUAGAUCCAAUCGCUAAAGAAGUGUAGAUGUGGUUGAAAGUUCAGAAAAAAAGCUUGAGUGGACCUUUGAGUUGAGAUUAUUUUGUCACACAAACUGAAUCUCCCUGCUCAACAUCAGCAUAUUGUCUUGCUUCGCCAUCGAUUUCAUAUUGUGGGAGUAAUGAACACAGCAGCCUGUAGGCGGCACCAGCAGAACCUUCCUGUUUGCAUUUUUAGACUUCUAUGUAGUGAAUUUAAAAUGAUCAGGUGGUUGUUUGAAGGUCGUGAAAGGGCUUCCCAGAACCAGGAGAAACCAUAGAAAACGUGACACCUUUAAGUUAAAGAAGAGGUGUAAAAGUUCCUCCUUCUGAUGAUGUAACAGGAUGUUUUUUUAGGGAGUCCACUUCAGUCUGAAGGCUCUUCUCUGAUUGGCUAUCAGCAAUUUGAAUAACUGAACCACCUGGGGGUAGAGUCGCUUGUUCCGCUCAGCAAUCAGAUAAUUCAACAGAAACUGAUGAAAUGGGUGAAAGUGUUUUGAAAGGGCUUCAAUCUAAGUGGCUGGAGUAGACACAGGACAAGUUCACAGUUCACAGUUUCUAUACAGCCAAUAUGGACAGGAGGAACAGUUAGUGACCAAUAACUCUUGGAUAGAAUAUGUAAUUGUGAGUGUUGUAUUAAGACUCAAAAUAAAAGGAAUACAUAAUAUGUCAGCCAUUCCACGGCUGCUGUUUUUGUAAGUACAAAAACAUAUUUCUAAGCUGUUUUACUAAGUAAGAAACACUGUUUAGAGUACACAAAAGUUAUUUUCAGGCAAAAAGAAAUGUUGUUUGGUAUUUCUUAAAACAAAGUCCCCAUCUAAACAUUUUGGGUUUGAAACCAGCCAAACUUUUCAGAUCAAGAACAAUCCAUUAGGAUUGAGUGGCAAUUAUUAUCUAUGGUUAGAAAUGGUUGAUGUUUUCUGUCUGUCUUCCUUCCUCCUCCUGAAGAACUUGAAGCAUCUCAGUCUUCCAAUAAUGAACAAACAGGUUUAAGGACAAUAUGUGUGUGUGUGUGUGUGUGUGUGUUUAUCUAUGCAGUAUUUUGGUCUCACGGGGCAGUAACGUUAAUCAAUUUUAUCAACAUGCAAACUGUAAAAAGAAGACAAAGUGUCAAAUCAAAUGUUGAUGAUGCUUGUAAAACGAACCUCUGAACUCGUCAACUAAACUUCCUCCUCUGUCCGAUGAUGUCAUCAAGAUGCAAUAAUGUACAGAUCAGCUGCUGCUUUUCUAUUCGCUCCGCUUCUUUAUCAGCAAUACGCAGGCCUGAGAGUCUUGAUACUGGUCCGAGUCUUGAUACUAGCCCGAGUCUUGAUACUGGGGUUGUAAUACUGAAAUGAAACAAACAGGGUUGCACUGUUUGAUUUGUUUCCGAGUUGACAGGAUAUAAACUUUUCAUUUCUGUUUAAACUGUCGAAAUGUUUUUGGCGAAAAACUGAGUAUGUAUGAAUGUCUGUCUGUGUGCGUGUGUGUGUGUGUAUGUGUGUGAAGACGUGUUUUACCUGUGUUGUGGGGACACAUUUUGAUCACACGGUCACAUUGUGGGGACUCACCUUCCUUUUGGGGUCAAAAUGCACGUCCCCAUAUUGUAAAUCUUUACAUUUUAGGGUGAAGACUUGGUUUAAAGUUAGGUUUAGGUUUAGGCUUAGGUUUAGGUCUAGUGUAAGGUAAAGGUUAGGAUUAGGUUAGGUUAUGGUUAGGGUAAGUCUCCAGGAAAUGAAUGCAAGUCAAUGAAAUGUCCCCAAAAGUCAUGUGAAAGCAACUGUGUGUGUGUCUGUGUGCGUAUUCUCUCCAUGCUUGGAAUGAAUCAUCGGAUUUAAUCACUUCCAAAGCUCAUUUUCUAUUAACCCAAGAGGAUGUGCAAACAGUGAAAAAUUAAAGUGUUUAAAGGAGCAGUUCACCCAAAAUGCUACAGACAGGGCUCUACUCUGAGCCAGACAGGAGUUGUUUUUAACACAUCUGUAAUAUUGUUUCAUUGAAAAGUUAUUUGCACCAGUGGUUAUUGAAUUUUAUCUUUCAAAAUUUUAAACAGUAAAUCAAGUUUUUUUUCUUUUGACAUUUUUCACUUACUGUAUUUAAAAAGAAUAAUAUUUAUACAGACUUUUUAUUAAUAUGUCUGAACCGUGUUGACACAUCAAGUUCAUUUUUUCUCCACGCAAUAAAAAGGAAAGUCAAAGAUUCAAUUCAACCCAUCUUCACCUUUUAAACCUUUCAGAUAUUAUUUUGAAUAGAAACAGGUGAAUCGCUUAAAAAAUUGAAUCAUCAAGAUGUUGACAAUGAAACAAGAAAAAGUUCAGAGUUAAAAAUAGACUGAUAUUUCUUUUGGACUUUGGCUCAGAUCAGCAGCUUUCAAUCGUACUCAUACGUGCUAAAACGUGACACUUCCUGCUUCAGAGAACCUCCGUCCACUUCAUAUGUACAGUAUUUAUUUUCAGAACUUGUUUUUUUAUGAUGAUUAUAAUGCAAAUAUGCAAUGCAAACUUGUCAGGUUGAGCAUAUGUAACAUUUCUCUCCUUACCAUUUUAUUUAUGUAACUUUGUUUUAUUUGUUUUCAUUAAAAAA